AUGGCUAGGAACGCUUCGUGCUCAAACGGUAUUAUUAUCCAGCUCAGCAACCCCGUCGAGAAGGACCUAAUCGAGCCAGUGCUCGAUUUAGGCCUUAGGAAAACACAUUUCGGCUUGAGAAAAUUCUUCAUUGGCAAGAGAGACAUCACAACCCACCGGCCACCACCGCCGGGUUGCAAUCAUGAACACCGCCUUGCCAGAAAGAAACGGUCUCUGGCCCAGAGUCUGAAGCACCCACAUUUGCAGGAAAUUGAAACAGCUAUCGAGCACUUCAUACAGGACCACAACCUCGACUAUCAAGAUGAGUUAAACGUCAGAACCGUUGUCACGGACAUCCGUCUCUUAGGGCAGGGGGAUAGUCGUCAGGUCAGGCUGCAGCCCAGGGGGUGGGUCAUAUGCAGGCCAGAAGUUGUAGAGGUUGUGAAGGACAUCGUCGCGAAAUUCCCAUCUACAAUCCCACAGAAUUUGAAUCUCGGGUCCAAGAUACAGGCUGGACGUGGCGGUCUAUCUUGGACCAUGGCUGAUGUCACACAUAUGCCGGAGACGCUCAACAUGGGAGCGGGAUUUGACUUACCCACUCAUGGCUACAAAUUCUUCCUGAGCCUCGAAGACCCCAUAGACAUAAGUCGACCAAGACGUUCCUCUUGCGGUUUAUUGUGUUUUGUCGUGGUUGAAAAGGGUGGAUCCCGGGAACUUGCUCAAGUUUGCAGGAUCGGUGGUGUUGUUGAAAUUCCAGACCAAAAUGGGUCAAGGAAGCUUGUUGCCGUCACUGUUGCUCAUGGUCUCUCUGACUAUAUAUUGGCAGCCACAUCAAGAAAGAAGAUUAAUGGCCCUCUAGGAGGCUCUCAAAAGAAAGGGACUUUUAAAUUACGUACGGGAGAAAAAGAUGAAGUACCGACGAAAUUGCCCUCUGAUAAGCACUGGACACCUGUUAUGGGAUUUCAUGCUAUCAACUGGUUGGGCAAGGUCUGGACCCCAACACCCCAGCAUCCAUCAAGCGUAUCCAUUGGGAAUCUUGGAGAUUUGACGAAGGACGCGGAUUUUGCUCUGCUGGAUGUUCCGUUCAGUCUUCAGAACUCUUUCACGACUGGUGGUGGAGUCCAAUCCCUUGACGGUCUAGUGAUGGACCAUGAGCUGUUCUCACUGGCUGAGAUGGACCAAGACCUGGGCGUCAUUGUUGAGCUGGAGUGCAUCCUUCCAGCAACGUUGCUUAGGGAAACCCCAUUCAUGUUUGUGCGGGGCAGGCAGUUUGCCACGAGGAUGAUCCGACUGAAAAACAAUAAACCGUUGACACGUGGCACCUCAGGAUGCUGGGUUGUCCGCGGUAAUAAGCUGUGUGGCAUGAUCGUUGCCAGCCAUGACGUUGAGCCCAUAGCGCAUAUAGUAUCUGCUGAGAAAUUAUUCAGCGACAUUAACAGAACGGUUGGACACUGGCCUGAUGAGAUCCAUAUAGGUGGAGCCGGACGUGCUUCUCAGCUGCAAGCUGAGAUCAGCACAGUGCGUUCAGAAGAGGUCGACAGAAUUUAUGAUCAGCAGCUUCCCUUCAGACAGUCAAUCCUCAGCGGCCUGCCCCGUUCUUUCAGCCCCGCUGAAGAGGCUUCGAUGGUACGGCAAAGUCAGAUUAGCUUUGAAGACCUGUUGCUUUUAUCUAUGGAGGAGUCAGCCGGAGAAGGCAACGAGCGUCGCUUUCUUCCACAUGACGUUCUGGAAUCGCUCGUCGAUUACCCUUUGGUUUACGAUUACCUUGCUAAACCAAUGAAAAUCGAAAGACAAAAGCUAUCAGUGCUAGUGGACUAUGUCCUCCGAUCGGCUCGCAAACUUUUUGCGAUUCUGGUACUCACCGAGGCUUGCGAAAUUCUGGAGGAUCUGCGUGCGGAGGGACUUAGUGACGAUGAUCUGCCUUUUCUCUUCGAUGGUCGACAUUUCUACCGCAGGGACACGGAUCUGUCACCGGAAACAGAAGAAGCCCUUCGAUUGAACUCAUUCAAAAGAUUGAAUAGGAGCAAAAUUGGAUUCUUCGACACGGAGCAGUGGUCAAUGUUAGCUCCUCGAUUUACUCUAGACGACAGCGGUGAAGCACUCUUCUAUCGUCUACACCGGAACAUUGUCUUGCCAUGGGUCGCUUCAGACAGGAUGAUCGAGACAGGCCGCUCAACAAUCAGGCGCGUCAGAAUACAUCCAGCACACUUCGACUUCUCACGAGUAUCUAACGCCACCGAAUUUGCGGUAAAAGAACUUCGUUCCCUGACUGAGGAAGCGUUCAACAUGGAAAUUGAGUCCAAAGAGCGAUAUCGAGGAGAUUUUGGGGUUCUGAAGAUAAGCGAUUUCGGGGAGACCAGAUUCCACCAAGCUGAGACACGGAUGCGACACCAGCCGUCCACCACGGCAGUGACAAUGGCUUAUAGCGCCCCUGAAUUUGAGCAGGAACCUGACGGACCGGUAUCUAGAGCUUAUGAUGUCUGGUCCUUGGGUUGCGUUUACCUAGAGUUCGCUACUUGGCUCCUACUUGGGGCACAAGGCGUGGAGGACUUCGCCCAGGAUCGAUUGAAGGAGGGCAGACAGUCUCGAGGAGAUAUUGGGGUGGACAACUUUUUCCGGAUGGUGGCCUCUGACGGAUCUUCACCCGGUAACAUACGUGCCAACACAAGACUCUCUCCUGUCGUGAAAGAGUGUGUCAAAGAGCGCGUUCGCAUCCUCCAGAAUAUUUCUCAGACUCACCCGGACGUUGAUCCAGCCCUGAAUGGCUUCCUCAAUCUGGUGUUGGAGAGGAUGCUGGUGACAGGGGAGCACCGAGCUAAGUCCCUUGAGGUUUUGAAUACCCUACAGUUUCUGUUCCGAGAACUCCGAGACAAAAAGCAUGAGGGGUCUUUAUUUCCAACCUCAUCCAAAGUGCCAGAGGAACAGUCCACCGAACAGAUGAGGUUCAGCACGAAGCCGCCAGACCUAGAACAUGGCACCAAGAAUUCUCAGGAGGACGUAAGUGACGCUCAAGGCCACGAGACGAUUGAAAUGAAGGCCCUCGGGCCGGAUCCAUUUGAAUUAAAGGGCCUUCCGCAGCCUGUGCGUGAACAAAAGAAGACGUCUAGUUCAAAUUCUAUACCGGCAGUUCAAGUCUUCUCUUUGGAACAAGUAGAAGAAGAGAUUGAAGAGGUGGUGAGAGAGACGGAUCCCACUGGCGCGAUGCGAGAAACGCGGCGCAGGAGCACGAGGCGCACUGCCGGGCUGGGAUAUGCUAAGCUUCACCAAGGGGCGAAGGCUUCAGCUCCAGGCGGCAGCAAGGUGGUUGAUCCUGACUCAACGAACUUUAGCGCGAUGUCAGAGCUCCAACUCCUAGAGGCCGAGAGAGCAUUGCUUGGGCAGCUCAUGGCCAUCAAAGAUGUGCAGAUCCAGCGAGAAGGACAGACUGGACCUAGCAUCGCCAUGAAUCCACAGUCAGGACCUAAUCCAAAACAUGGUGAAGGGUCCCAAGGACUUGGUAGCGGAAGGAAAACAUACUCCGAAAUGCUGAAGUGGAUCAUGCACCCUACUCGGCGUGGGCCCUUCAGUUGA